AUGUUCUCCAAACAAGCAUUAAGGGUCACAAUACCCGUACUUGCAUCAUCAGGAAUAAUAAUUUCAUCUUCUCCUGUGAAAAACGAACCAAAAAGACGCUUCUACGAGGAUGAAACCGACGUAGUUCCAGUACCAGGAACUGUAACACCAGCUGCUGGAACCGAAUUGGAAGCUCUCGGAUCGAACCGCUUGAUAGACGGCAUUUCCGUACGUUCUCCUGAAGCUGUAGAAUCCGUUUUCAAGUCAGCCAGAGAAACUUCCCAAAACGUUUUGGCUCAAGUGCAACUGUAUGUCAAUGACGGAUACUCCAAAUACUAUGAAACAGAAAGGCACGUGACUUCUACUGUUGGAGAAUUGCAUGCAAAAUCCGAGGACUUGUUACCCAACUCUAUAUACAUCGUAAUUGCCACGUUAUCGGCCAACAUUGCUGCUCGUCAGCGUGGAAUUAUAGCCAAAGCCACGUUUCCAGUCGCAUUUGGCCUCGCCGCCUUCAAGUACUUCUUGCCACAAACUUUUGCAAACACUACUGGGUUCUUGUGGAAGUUGGAGAAGAACAAUUUGCCUCAAAUUGCACAACAACAGGAGUAUGUCUUCAACAAAACUGGGGAAUUGGUACAAAAGAUCGAGCAAACAUCCGAAUCCAGUAAGAAGUCGAUUGAAAGUCUGAUCCACAGCUUGAAACACUCCAUUGCCGAUGUUACUGGCUUGAACAUUAACGAAGAAGUAUCGAAGAAGUAG